AUGGCUCGUCAUCGCCAAAAGGAUGAGGAAGCCGGUGGGGAAGGCCUCGGAGUGAUUGAAAGUCGCAAAAAGCUAUGGAGGGACGCUGAAGGCAACAUCGUGAACAAGCGACCUGCCCAAGGUGAGGCCUGUAGAGUCUCUGCGAAGAAGCAGGCGACGGAUGGAAACUAUCCCCAUCACACAGGCUCGACGAUCACCACUGAAGGCUGUAACCCUCAGACUAUGAUCGAUGCUGAACCAUUGUCACCACCAAAGUCGAUGCUAAGUGCCGAAUCCCUUGAUCAUUUUUCACAUCAACUUCCUGAACUCCCCGAUGACCAAGAUUUCAUCGAUCACACAGCGGGUCCUGAUAUGUUUGAUUUCCUGGCCAAUUCAUCUUGGGGAUCGCACACUUCUUCGUCGCUCGGUAUUCCAGGUGAGAUGCCAAUGGAUGAUAUGUUUAACCCUGACACAGCGAGCUCUUUCAACAUGCCAUUUACGACAAUGAACAAUUACAACUGGUUAUUCGACAUAUCAGAUACUACCCGGAUUUCUCUACCGCCUUCACAAAACUUCAAUGCAAUGCCAGAUGCUCAAGGACCAACACGAGAUCAUCAAUUAGAGGCUUUACAGUAUCAAACAACCUCACAACCAGCAAUCGACCCGUUUAGAGGGAACAACAGAAUGCCUCCUUCAGGCUCUGCGGAAGCAAUGUUCAGGCAGCCAACACUACAGCAGACUUCAUCUUCAUCAUCUUCCUCAGAUGCCAUUCAAGGAACAGAAAUGUUUCAAUUCGGUUCUCUUCCAGCACAAAACUCCAUGCCAACCACUGCGCCUUCGCCCAGGCAUGUUGAGCCUCACAUGUCCUCUUCAGAUCCUACUCCGGAACUCGACUUUUCCCCUCAGACCACUACGUCGCCAGACUCGAUGCAAACACAGGCGGCCAACCCAGGCAACAUGGUAUCGCAUAUGCCAAACGGGCUGUUCAACAUGCAGAUUCUCCCCCCCAGCCCUCCACGUAGGUCGAUGCCUACAAUCGAUGAUCUCUCUCGCAACGAAAUCUUGGAUAUUCUGGUUUCUGCAAAGCCUAGAACGCCUGAAGGAUCGGAGAUCUCACGCGACCACCCUCUCCUAUCACUUUCUUCGAUGCAGAAUUAUCUUGAUCUCUUCUUCUCCCGUUUCAACGUCGCAUAUCCACUUCUACAUCAAGCCACUUUCGAUCCGUCCCAAACCGAGCCUCUACUGCUCUUGGCCGUUUUGCUUCUGGGCGCCACUUAUAGUGAAAAGGCCAUCCACAGACUUGCGGUAUGCAUUCACGACGUCCUCCGAGCUCAGAUCUUCCAACACUCGGCGUUCUCAUCGACGCCGGAAUUAUGGAUGCUUCAGACGAUCCUGCUGGUGGAAUGUUUUGGAAAAUCAAGAGCAGGCCAGAAGCAGCAUGAUAUGGCACAUCUCUUCCACGGACUGUUGAUCAACUUAAUUCGCCGAAGUGAUUGCCAAACUGUUCGUCAACCAAAUUUCGGCGAAGGUUCGGGUGACCUUGAGUCCGACUGGCGUCAAGCUAUUGAUGUUGAACUUCGUAAAAGACUGGCAUUCCUCUGCUUCCUAUGGGACACACAACACGCCGUCCUCUUCUCUCAAUCUCUGUGCAUGUCAUCCUUUGAACUCCGUACCACCUUACCAUGUAACCAGACAACAUGGGAAGCCAACUCGGCCGAAGAAUGGUGGAAAUACGCUCGAAAAGAGCCACAGAUUUCGUAUCUAUCGGUUUUAAAGGCCUACAUGAAUCCCGACCUUGGGAUACAAAUCCCUCAACUCAACGCCCUUUCUCGCCUCUUGGUUCUUCACGGUCUCAUGUCCGUACAAUGGGAUAUGAAACGAAGAGAUCAGACUUCUUUAGGCAUGGAAAAACUCAACGGUUCUUCCUGUUCGGAUCAAACGAAAUGGCAAGAUCGACUUUCCCAAUCAUACGAUGCGUGGAAGGCCGAUUUCGACACUUACUGCAUGAACAUGACUCUCUCGCUGGGCGACAACAGCCCAAUGCGGAAAGCCGAGUUCACCCGCUUCAGCACCGCCACCGUGGCCAUCUACCACGCCGCCCACAUCACUCUCAACGUAGAGAUUUUGGACCUACAAAUCUACGCGGGAGCUCGACACAUCAUCGGCCGUCCCGUGACUCGAGCCGACUACGACCGGUCCCGGCGCAUCGUCAAGGACUGGGCGAAACCUGGGGGUUCAACACCGGCGGCCAAGGCUGCGUGGCACGCGGCUCACUUACUCCGAGACGGCAUCAUGAACUUGGAAAAUUGGGACGUCAACAACGCCUUCCAUUACCCUUGGUGCUUGUACUUGUCUACUCUGACCUGUUGGGCCUUUCAUUUCGCCAAUACGACGGACAAGUCAGCGUAUAGUGGAGGAGGAGGCGGUGGUGGUGGUGUGGACAGCAGAGAGAGACACCAUGUGUCGUCAACAACGUCAACUUCAAAAGACUCGCCUCAUCUAGACAAUCACAACAGCAACAGCAAUAGUGUCGACGAUGGAAUCGUCUGGCAUGCCAAGGCGGAGAUGAAUGCCCUGGUGAGCAGCAUGGCCAGUGUCAUGCCGGAGAACCUUUGGAGGGCUUUGGGCAAGUAUUCGACUUCCGGCUUGACGGCGGUCAUGGCGAAACACCUCAGCAACAUCCGUUGGGCCGUCGUGCACGAGGGCAUGAAGGUACUAAGAGGACUCGUGCCUGAACGAUCGAUUAAUGAGUAUGAGACUUUUUUGAGAUAG